UUAAAACAAAAUUACGAAAAUCACAACCAUUUCUCCUCUCGAUUGUGGGGUAGUCCCCGCUCUCACUUUUUUUCAAACACCUCCAUACUCCGCCGUCCGCCCUGCCACGCUGCCGUCCCUCCCUCCUCAGGCCCAUCUGGAAUUAAAAAAGUUAUUGCAAUGGAUCUUAAUUUGGCUGGUAGUGAUUCAUCUCCACCUCGACCCAAAUGGAGAAAAGUUGCAUAUGGCGGUAUGCAACCUGGAUAUGAUGACAAUCAUACGGAUGAAACCUUUCUUGAAGGAAUGGUCAUGAAUGCCAGUGUUGUAAAAAGGGACAUGCUAAAGGUUAUGCUGGACUCGGUUUCCAUUUCUGAAUAUUUAUGCAUUGUUGCUCUUGUUGUCUUGGUCUGGACUUAUACACUUUCAUCCUCUCUCGAUGAAAAUUCGCUCUUGUUAAUUGAUAUAAGUCUUCUUGUUUCAGGCUUUCUAAUUCUCCUUUUUACUCAAGAAAUGCUUUCACUUAGUCUUCUCCUUCAUUAUGCCCUGAAUAUCUCAUUUUUCAUAACUGGCUUAUAUGUUUUGGCUCCCAUCUACCAAACUCUUACACGGUCUAUCAGUUCAGAUUCCAUUGGAGCAGUAACUGUAUCACUUCUCAUAAUUCACCUUUUCCUGCAUGACUAUUCAGAAUCCACUGUCAAAGCCCCAGGGGUUCUCAAGAAUCCUGCAUUAACCAGUUGUAUAUCCGUAAAUGCUUCUGUAGUCGCGUCGGUUUUUAUUGCUUCUCGUCUUCCAUCAAGACUACAUGUGUUCGCCAUCAUGCUAUUCUCUUUGCAGGUUUUCCUUUUCGCUCCACUGGUUACGUACUGCAUUAAAAAGUAUUCGUUCUGUUUACAUCUAUGCUUUUCUUUUAGUUUGAUGAUCCUUACAUUAAGUUUUGUAUACACACUGCAUCGCUUGCUAUUUGUGCUGCUACUUAGUUUGUUGGUUUUUGUCAACUUGGUCUGCCCUUAUUGGCUUAUAAGGAUUCAAGAAUACAAAUUUGAGAUCAAUGGACCUUGGGACGAGGCUAAGCUUUGUUUUGAUAUUACAGACUGAAAUCAGAACAUGGUUUUUGAGAAAUUGGAGUGCCCUAUGUUUAGGUGGAAAUAUAAUUUACUCGCUACUUGGUCUAGUUUAAGUUACGAGUUCAUGUGAAGGUCCUUGCUGUUCAAAUCAGAGGAGGAUAAGAAAAUGAUUUGUACUCAUGCUUUAGAAUGAUAAUGUAGUGAUGGUUUAAAAAAAUCUAGGUACCAUGGUUGUAUAUUUAGAAUUCAAGAUUUGAAAGGAAAACUAUAUCAACCUUUUUGAGCAAUAUUUGGACUAGGAGAGAACACUAUUGUCAAUUUUUUUCAAGCCUGAAAUGUUGGCAUAUGA